AAACUGUUAUGGAUAAAAUGGCAGAAGGCUGGAGAAUGGCCCGCGUGUGAAUAUUCAUCGUCAUCCAAAAAGGAAAGAGACAACCAACCGUUAUUAACGCUGUCACCGUCCCUCACCCCACCACCACCACCACUUCCUCUUCCUUCCUUCCUUUAUUUGCACUGCAGUAGCAGAACCAUCUUCAUUCAAAUGCCAAUGGCGACUACUCACUUCAACUUCCAAACUAACUUUCUCCCAUCUUCCCCUUCUCCCACUCGCCGCCUUUCUGUACUCUCUCUAUCUCCUCAAAUCUCCUCCAGGACCAAGCUACUACCCUCCCCAACAUUCUUCAAAGGACAAAUCACUAAACAAUUUCUCAAAUUCAACUAUGCUGCAACACCACCACCACCAACAAAACACCGCGUUAUUCGCAUGUCGUGGGACGGUUCACUCUCCUCCGUCAAAUUAAUCAUCCAGGGUAAAAAUAUGGAGCUUAAUGAUGCGGUGAAGCAGCACAUCGAGGACAAAGUGGGGAGAGCAGUUCAGAAGCACAGCUACCUUGUUAGGGAAGUUGAUGUCAGGCUAUCUACUCGCGGAGGAGGAGAAUUUGGCCGAGGGCCGAGAACGCGCAGAUGCGAGGUGACUUUAUUUACUAAGAGGCAUGGGGUUGUGCGGGCCGAGGAACACGCUGAAACUACCUAUGGGAGUAUAGAUUUGGUGUCCUCGAUCAUUCAGAGAAAGUUGAGAAAGAUCAAGGAAAAAGAAACUGAUCAUGGUCGUCACAUGAAGGGAUCCAAUAGGUUGAAAUUCAGGGAGCCUAUUUUGCCACUACUUUCGGAGGAUGAAGAGGAUGAAGUUGAAAUUUCCCCACAGAAGGAGGAUGAAGAACAACUUAUUGAAGAGGUUGUUCGAACAAAAUACUUUGACAUACCUCCCUUAACCGUGUUUGAAGCAAUUGACCAGUUGGAAAAUGUUCAUCAUGACUUCUAUGCAUUUCGAAAUGAAGAAACUGGGGAGAUUAAUAUUAUAUACAAAAGAAAAGAAGGAGGUUAUGGACUCAUUAUACCCAAAGGAGACGGUGAAGCAGAUAAAUUGGAGCCUAUAGUGCUUGAUCUAGCUAAAGAACCCUCUGUGCAAGAAUGAAAGACCUUUCACGAGAAACUCAUCAUUUUGUAAGAACACAAGAGCUUGUACAUGAUUAGCGGAGCCUGCCAGAAGUUGCAUAGGAAGUUUAAAUAGAGACUCUGGUGUUUCGAGUGCAAAACAAGUUUUAAAGUAUGACCCUGUGACUGUAAAAUGAAAGGGACACACCAUUGAGUGUGCUCGACGUAACUUCCACAAUACAUAUUUUCUUCUAACGAUGUCAUCUGCUUUGUGUUUAUUGCUUUUUUAGAAUAUAUAGUAAAUUUUUAAAUCA